AUGAAUAAAGGAGUUGAAAAAUGGUUAAAAUUAUACUUAAAAUGUUUCAUUAAUAUAGUUCUAUAUUAUAGAAAUGUAUACCCUCCAGAAUCGUUCAACUGGAGUAGAUAUCAAGCGUUUAACUUACCUCGUCAUUUGCCCGUAACCCGACAUCAAGGUCUAGAACAAUAUAUUGAGGAACUUAGCAAUGAUCUAUUAACCAAGCUCGAACAUAUACGCUGUUUUAAUUUAAAUAUUGUUACAAGUGAUGAUUCGAAAUCAUAUGGAAUACCUAGUGGACAAGUUUGGGAGAGGUAUGUUUUAGAUUUUGGUGAUUGGAUCCACCAUAGUGAUGAGGAUGAAUCAAAAAUAACAGAGGGUUUAGUUUUUGAUGAAUUAAGAGCAUGUUUUAACGACCUACUCAAAAAAUUACAAAAGCUUCCUCGGGUUGCUCCCCGGUUAGUAACUUUUGAAGCAAUUAUCGAAGUUUUCGAUUUGAGCUUGGGCCGUGACGUACAUAACGUUGUCACUGAAGAAGAAAGGCUCGAUUUAGAUAGAAGUUUGAAUUGGGUGAAGUAUUCCAAAGACGAUUAUGCAAGAGCAGAUACGACAUUAGCACUAGAUGAUGUUCCGGAGGUUCAACUGACUGCGGUAGUUGGGUGCGAUGUUGGCUCAAUGGUCAUCAACCAAUACUUCGAGAGAGUAGCGCCAAGAAACUUGAAGCGGACAAUUUACGAAAACAGUAAUCAACUAAAAGAAUAA